AUGUUCUCGGUCGUCCUACCAGGCCGUCUCCCGCUCACCAAUCCGCAACAAGUCGACGAAACGCACAUCGUCUUCCCUCUUGAAGACGCCUCCUCCAUCUCGCACGUUGUCGUCUUCAUGACCGGCGUCCAGCCUUUCCCCGCCGGAUACUCCGCAACCGUCCACCUGCUCUGGCCAUCCUCCGCGCCUUCCGACUGGAAGCUCCUGGGUGCUGUGCGGAACACCAAACCGAGCGCGAUAUUCAAAGUCACCAAACCUAGUUCCCUACCAGCACCAGAUGCGACGGCAACACUCGGCAUCAGCAUCGAGCCUGACAACGUGGUCGACGAGCAGCUGCAGAAGCUCAAGGCACCAACGCCGGCGGCGGGGAUGAGCUUGGCGCUGACACAGGGAGGUGCAGCCGCAGCAGGUGCGGGGGGAGCGGAAGGGGCAGCCCUGACUCUAGCACCCAAAAUCGCGAAAAACGCCUUCUCAUACCUCAGCUCCUGGGCACCCGAUUCGGCUCCUCAGACAGUGCCCUUGUUGCAAAAGUGGUUGGAACAGUUGGAACGCAAGCUCAGAGCGCAAGGCGUCGGAUGGUUGGACAAGCAGGAAUGA